GGAAACAGACGUCGUUUCUCUCCCCACAGAAAUGGUUGGUGGUCGACUUUGUUAUCGCAGCUAUUUCAUACACAGCAUUGUGCUCUGGGUCUCCCUCCAUUAUGUGGAGAGUUCCAGUGGAAAACGUGUCAUUCAUAAAAAUGUUGGAGAUACUGUGGAGCUUUCAUCAGGAUUACCAACUGAAAAUGUGACUGGGGCAAAAUGGAAAUAUAAAGAAAUAAUAGUUGCAGACAAAGACAUUCCAGAUAAUGCGGGUGUUUCUAAAAGAUCUCCAUUUAAGGACAGAUCAGAGCUAAACCAGGAAAACUUUACUUUAACAGUGAGGAAAUUGACUCUUCAAGAUUCUGGUGAUUUCAUUUUUAUCUCAGCAAUAAAUGAAAAACAGAGGGAUUCAGUGACCAUCACUCUGCAAGUUCAUGAGCCCAUAACUAAGCCUAUCAUUAAAUUCAAUUCUACCUGGAUUUCCUCAAAUGAAACAUGUAAAGUUCUGCUAGAGUGCAGCGCAACUGGUGAUGUCAGCUACAACUGGACUGUAGGAAACCAAACACUAACUGGUCCCAAGCAACAAUACAUCAUCAGGGAGCAGGAUGGAGAGACCAAAUUCACCUGUACAGUUUUCAGUCAUAUCAGCAACAAGUCUGAAUUUCAAAUGGUGAAGUGCAGCAACAGCACACAACAAGAACCAGCAAAACAUUUUUUCCUUUUCAUGGGUGUAGCUGGUGGAUGUUUGGUUCUUGUCAUUAUAGUCAGUAUAAUCGUGGGAGUUUGUUGCUGCAAAAAAAGGCAUAUUGGAAGUGACACAAAUGACCUCACUGUGUAUGCUGACAUUGGUGAGCUUACAAAUGAAGAUGGGACUUCAUCUACCAUGCAGCCUUGCUCAGUGUACGAAACCAUUGAUAACAGAGUCCCAACAGUUAAAUCUGGGCCCCAGACCGUCUAUGACAAGAUCCAGCUUAAUCGUGUGAGGAAGCCUUCAGUGUCACCCUACCAAGAUGUUUCAUAGAUGAUGUAUAGCUUUGUAUAGCUUUUGCCUGUUUGUCCAUGUCUUGUAAACAUAAAAAUAAAUGUGGACUAUAAUAUUUUGUUUAUAGAAACCCCUGAAAAUACAAGGCUAAUGUAACAAGGAAAGAAGCAACAUGUUCUUUUUGAAGUUUUUUGAUUGUAUAUUAUAUAUCAUAUGUGAGAAACUGUCAUUAACAAUUUUGCAAAUUUUGUAAAUACAUAGUUUGUUAUCUUGUGAUCUUUUUCUUCUGAUACAUUGAAUGAUAUUAAUGUGACUGUGAAUUAUUUUAGUAAUACCUAUUUUUCUUGGUAAUAGUUGUUUACCAACAAUAUUCACACAGAUACAUUGCUGUAAAACCUACCAGCACAAUCAUGGUUUGUAGUGCUCAGUCUACUAAAGUUGGUGUCAGUCGCAAAGAGGUAGCACUGAAUCAAAGUUUUUGAACCAUGACUUUUCUCAUUAACUUAUGAUUAAAUCUCCUUCACAGUACAGCCCUUAACUCUACUGUCGGACCAAACUUUCCUACCAGUCAUCACAGCAAGCUGUCAUAUCCUGCCAGUGUUCCUCAUACUAUGUUACUCUGGCUAAUUUAACUUAACAUAAGCCUCAACUUUGUGGUGACAUGAAGUGAAGCCCAUACAAGGAUUUAAUAAGCAUACUCACAACUCUAUCUUGCUGAAAUGAUACAGAAAUGAUGUAAUAGCAUAAUAUAACUGCAAGCAGUAAUGUGUUACGCAGCUGACUCUCUGGAGGGCAUGGCUUACCACCAUGGAUAUAGCAUGGUACUUUUAUAACAUAAAAGUAAAGAAAAUGCAACAGAAUAAACGAUAAAUGAAUAGAAAAUGUGAUUUUGACAGCCUUGACAGUGGUCCAAGAAGAUAAAGCUAUAACUCAAAUAAUGUUUCUCAUUCCACUCUUUAUUUAUAAUGUUGUGUCUCUAUUUACAGAUAUGUUUGUAUAUUAUAUUAUAUUAAAUUAUACACAAAGCAAAUGUACCUGAGUCCUGAGAAAUUAACUUAGAAUAAUGCAAAUUUUCACGUGGUAAAAUGAUUUAAACUUAUAAAAUAAUUCUGAAAAACAUGUGAUAUAAUUUCACAGAAUGCAGCAUUAUACCAAACUCAAAGAAACAAGUAGAAACAACUAAAAUAACAUGGACAAAGUACAGUAGCAAAAGAAGAGAUAGAGAUUCUCA